CGUGUUGCUGAGGAGAGAAGAUGUCUGGACGCGGAAAGGGAGGCAAAGGCUUGGGGAAAGGAGGCGCCAAGAGGCACCGCAAGGUCCUCCGCGACAACAUCCAGGGUAUUACCAAGCCCGCCAUUCGCCGCCUGGCUCGCCGCGGGGGAGUGAAGCGCAUCUCCGGCCUCAUUUAUGAGGAAACGCGGGGCGUGCUGAAGGUCUUCCUGGAGAACGUGAUCCGCGAUGCUGUGACUUACACCGAGCACGCCAAGAGGAAGACGGUUACCGCCAUGGAUGUGGUCUACGCCUUGAAGCGCCAGGGAAGGACCCUCUACGGCUUCGGAGGCUGACAGGCGCCGGGGAAC